AUCGUCGAGUACUUUACAUUAUACAGACCUACAGAACCUUUCAAUUAAGAAAUCACACAUAACCGCAUUGUACAAGGAACGUAUUGUUGUCCUGAGAUGUAUUACUCACUCUGUCCGGUGUUCUCAUGCAUGUCGUAAAAUAACAAACGUCUGUCACGCCCUUAUAUUUUGUAUUAAGUUAAUUUAGAAAUAGUAUUAGUAGUGUAUAUAAGCAAUUUGUUUUUGUUUCGAGUGUAUAUACAAUUUAGAAUAUUAAAAGUAUAUAUUCAUAGCAUAUCUGUUUUGUCUUGAUUAUUAUUUUCUAAAGUGUUUUAUAUUAAUGGUUUUAAAAAUAGAAGAGUGGAAUGUUAAUGAUGUGGUCAAGAUACUACAAGGUUGUGAUAAAAAUGAAUUCAUUGAUUUUGUUAAGGAGAAGAAGGUGGAUGGACGAAAAUUAUUGGAAAUUACAGAGGGAACGAUAAAGUUAUGGCGACCGAAAUCCAACGCUAAAGCUUUCAUAUUAUUUAUCGAUAACAUAAGGAAUGAUCCAAGUAAAUAUUUAAAAUAUUUUAGCGAAGAUAUAGUCAUUAAAGAGACGAAUCUAACAGACAGUCAAUAUCAAACAGUGAGUGUGAGGAAAAUUAGUCAACAGGAUGGAAAUUUCAGCAGCGUUGAAGACAUAUUAAAGAAAAUAGUCGCACCAAAGAGCUUUCUGUACAGGAACAAAAACAAAACAUCCUCCUAUGUGCCAAUGGACGGCGCGAAAAAACAAAAGAAAUUCUUUCGAUUAAGUUCGUACGAUUAUCCGAUAUUCGAUCUUAAGUCUAGGUUCUCGAAAGUCGACAACUGCGACAGAGGAUAUUACUCGAUUAAAACGAAAGGCUUACAAAGGCCUAAAAAAUCGGAUACACGGACCAAGUAUAAGUCCUUACCGACGCCAGAAAUAAACGAGAAUUACACAGAGGAUCACUUAUAUGAAGAUUUAUGCUAUCCUGAUGUUGAAACUAAGAAAGAGGUUCCUCAAAGCAAACCCAUGAGUAAAAUUCAAGAGUUAUUCCAAUCCUUUAGGUUUCCUUUCUUUAAGAAAUUAGAUGAAUCGGAAAGUAAGAAGGAAGCAAAGGAAGAGGUUGGCCACAUUUAUGAGAAUAACGAUAGCGUUGGGGAGAUGUAUGAUUCAGUACACGUACAAAAAGAGGAGACGGGUGAUGAACAGAGGACCUUGGCAGUCGAGGACUACUUGGUGCCGGUAAAUAUAGAAAAAGACUAUUGUGAUGUCUGUCUGAAACAGAAGGAGGAGUCUCUUCUUGGAUUUAUCAUGAAUUACUUCGAAACGCGAUUUGGUAGACGAGAAACGAACGAGGCGCAGUCUGACAUUUCGGAAGUGGAGCCAUCUUGUGACGAUUCGAAAUGGGAACGCAAGCCCAACAUGGCGGCAAGGCCACUUCCGGUUCCAGUGGAAAAUGAGCCGUUUUACAUGAAUAUUGAUAGGCAGGAGGCGGAGAAUUUGCUGUUGGGACAGCCUGAUGGGACGUUUAUUUUAAGACCUUCCAGUCAGCCAAACCACGCAUAUACACUGAGCGUAUCCUGCGCAAACGCAGUUCAUAACGUCGGUGUACGUAGACGACCGGAUGGUCGACUGGCUCUCGGUUUCGCAAGACGCGGCGAAAGAAGCUUUGCAACGGUGACAUCACUGCUGCAGCAUCACAAGAAACGCCGUUUGCUUCUUGUUGCUGGUGGCGACAUGAUUGGCGCAACUACCCUAACUGACACACCACAGUACUACCAGAUACCUAAAAAUAUACCUAUAGGUUGUAAAGAGAUUUUAUAAAUAGGAAACUUGAUAUUAUUUAAAGAUCACAAUUAUUUUUAGUUUGUUAUAUAAAUACUGUAAAAAAUUUACUAGAAGAAUACAUAUUUGAAAUCAUAUUCUAUUUGGUGAAAUAACUGUAAAGCAUCUAUAGGAUAUUCGAAGAA